UUUAGUGUUAUGAGAAAGAUCUCACCGCACUACUCGGUGGAUUGAAUCGUUUGUUCUUUAAAAACACCCCAACUCUCCCGUGGUCAUCAUUCGCAGUCGAGCUAGGAGACCGUCUCUCCAGAGUAGUCAUGAAACAGUUUACCGUUCUGAUCGCCAUCGUUGCCACCUUGGCAGUGUUCCAGGGAACCCAAGCGAAGACCUUCACUGAAUGUGAACUGGCCCGGUUGCUCCGCAACAAAUAUGGCUUCGAUAAGGCUAAGGUGAACAACUUUGUCUGUCUGGCGAAAGCCGAGAGCAGCCUGAAGACGACCGCCACCCACAAGAACUCCAACGGAUCCACCGAUUAUGGACUUUUCCAGAUCAACAAUAAGUACUGGUGCAGCACACCCGGAUACAAGUCGGCCGGAAACGAUUGCAAAAUUGCUUGCUCUACUUUAUUGACUGACGACAUUACCCAGGCAGUGAACUGCGCCAAGAAAAUCUAUGCCCGUCACGGAUACUCAGCUUGGUAUGGAUGGACAGCUAAAUGCAAGAGUGGGGUCAAGGAUCUCUCAAAGUGUUAAAUGUGAUGAAACCUAAGCCGGAACAUUUUCUACGAUAUCGUAACUCAACACCAAGUGUUUGAUUCGUAUAA